CUUCCGUUGUUUCCCCUGUGUUCUUUUUACGUUAUGUUUAACCUAAGUAUCUGACAGAAGUGUAUUUACGCUCUACGUUGUGCGUCUCUAACAAAAACCAUCUGGGAAAACAGCAGUAUUUGUCUGGGGAAUACUCCAGAUAAGUAGCUAACUUAGUAGAAUCCAGGUGGCUGGCUAACUAGUAACAUUAACGUUAGCAAGGAGGCAAAAAUUGGGAAAUACGGGGCAACAAGAGGAGGUGUUCUCUUUUGGAAGAGCUGAUGCAAAUGCGAUGGCCAUAGCCGAGGUAUGGGAGUGACGUGACUCUACCGGUCCUGCUUCCAGAGAGCCAAAAACCUUAUCAGCAUCAUGUUUUUCUGCUGAAGUGCAGGUAGAUCACACAGAGAAUGGACGAAUCAGUAUUGCUGGAUUUGCUCGAGUGCCCGGUUUGUCUGGAGCGGCUGGAUGCUUCGGCAAAGGUUCUUCCCUGUCAACACACCUUCUGCCGCAGAUGUCUCCAAGGCAUCCUAGGCUCACGUGGAGAGUUGCGCUGCCCAGAGUGUCGGACAUUGGUGGAGUGUGCUGUAGAUGAACUCCCCAGCAACAUCCUCCUUGUGCGCCUGUUGGAUGGCAUCAAGCAGAGGCCGCGAAGGACUGGUCCUGGAGCUGGAGUCUGCACAAAUGGUACAUCUGGAGCUGUGGCCAGAGCACACGGAAGUGGAACCAGGGAACAGAGCACCCCGGUAGUACAACCCCAGCGAGCUCAGUCUAAGAGCACCCUCGUCCGGGGUGUACCUCAGCUUCCUUGUGCUAAGGCACUCUACAACUACGAUGGCAAGGAACCAGGAGACCUCAAGUUCAGUAAGGGUGAUAUUAUCAUCCUGCGUCGGCAAGUGGAUGAGAACUGGUACCACGGGGAGAUGGGGGGAGUGCAUGGCUUUUUUCCCACUAACUUUGUCCAGGUCAUCAAGCCCCUGCCACAGCCACCACCUCAGUGUAAGGCUCUCUAUGACUUUGAGCUGAAAGACAAGGAGGCAGACAAGGACUGUCUGCCCUUCUCCAAGGAUGAUAUUCUGACUGUGAUCCGCAGAGUGGAUGAAAACUGGGCAGAGGGAAUGUUGGGAGAUAAAAUUGGAAUUUUCCCCAUCUCAUAUGUUGAGUUCAACUCGGCAGCUCGGCAGCUUAUAGAGUUGGACAAGCCAUCAGACUCCAGUGGAGACUCAGGUGAGGGAGCCGCCUCGGGACCCCAGAGCAAUGGUGCCCAGCGGGCAGGAGAGAAGAAAAACAGCAAGAAGCGACAUUCCUUCACUUCUCUCACCAUGUCCCACAAACCCAUGCUAGCUCCUCCCCCCCAGCGUCACUCCAUGGAAAUUAGUGGGCCAGUCCUGAUUAGCUCCAGCAACCCCACAGCAGCUGCCCGAAUUGGAGAGAUGAGUGGGGGGCUUUCCUGCAGUGCACCCUCACAGGUACACAUUUGCACAACUGGACUAAUUGUGACCCCACCCCCUAGUAGUCCUGUUACCACAGCAACGGUCUUCACAUUUCCCCCAGAGACGAGCCACACGUCCAUCCCUGUGGAUGCUCUCCCACCACCCCCACCUCCUCCCCCACAGUCCUCUCUUGGUGGAGCAGCAUAUGCAUUGGCUGCUGGACAGAGACCCUCCCCCAGCACAAGCGACCAAAGUGGGAGACAAAGACCUACAGUCUAUGUGGCAAUGUUCCCCUAUACUCCCCGUAAGGAGGAUGAGCUGGAGCUAAGGAAGGGAGAGAUGUUUCUGGUGCUGGAACGCUGCCAGGAUGGCUGGUUCAAAGGCACUUCUAUGCACACUGGCAAGAUUGGAGUCUUCCCUGGGAACUACAUGAGUCCAGUCAGCAGGUCAGUCAUUAAACUGUGGACCAUGUCUGGGAGCGCCCAGUCCAAAGUGCCCAUGAGUCUUUGCACUCAGGCUGGCAGAGCGGUCACCAUCGCCAGUUCCUCUUCUGCACCCCUUGGGGCCAUUGUCCCGGGGCCUGACUUCAACAAACCCAUCACAGUGUGCUCUAGUGCUGCACCUGCCAGCUCCCAACCUGCAGCUGUGGUAACAGCAACCCAAACAGCCACUGGCCAACAGCCAAAAGUCCCACUGCAUGUGAGCUCCCAGAUGACUGUGAAUCAGGCUCGCAAUGCAGUCAGGACAGCCUCAUGUCACAAUCAGGACCGGCCCACAGCAGCAGUGACACCCAUCCAGUCUGCAGCACCAGUGACCUAUCUCCCACAUCUUGCAGUGUGUCAACAGCCCUUCUCCAAUUCUGCCCAAGGCUGCACCCGGGCUGGAGUGGCAAUGGGCUGUGCCGCUGCCUCUCUGACCCCACCCAAUGUCAGUGCUGCAUCACUGGAGGGGGAUGCUUUGAGACCUGUGCCUGUUGGCCCUGGGAACAGCUCUGCUCUCAAUCCUAUGUCCAAUAGCGCAGCUCUUCCCUGCAGACUGGACAAGGAUGUCAAGAGAGAAAAGAAAAGUCUUCUGAAGCUGUUGUCCUCCAAUAAGAAGAAGUCUCGUCCUUCUCCCCCCUCCUCUCCUACCCUUGAGGCUGAACAGGCUGCUGCUGGAGAGGUGCUGCAUGGCGCUGUGGGGCAUGACACCUCCCCUCCUCCUGGCUCUUUCAGCUGCCUUGAGCCUGAAUCUGCUGCUGCUGUUGCAUCUGCCUCUUCCUCCUCCUCAGUCCCAGAGUCCUCCCAUCGGAAGGGCAGUCCCCUUGAUGGAUGUGCUCCUAUCGCUCCUCCUCCUCGCCAGCCAUGCUCUUCUCUUUUAUCUCAACACCAUGACUCACGGCCAAUCAUAUGUGAGAGGUACAGGGUGGUGGUGUCAUAUCCUCCCCAGAGUGAGGCUGAGCUGGAACUUAAGGAGGGCGACAUUGUGUUUGUUCACAGGAAGAGGGAGGACGGCUGGUUCAAAGGCACACUGCAGAGGAACGGCAGGACCGGACUGUUCCCUGGCAGCUUUGUAGACAGCAUCUAAUAAACACGCUACAGUGAAGAACAGCUACCGCCACCAUCAUGGCCCAGCUGAUUGCUGCUAGCCCCACUACAGUGUGACAAACCAAUCAAAUUAGCACACUUUAACUUCUUCGAGGUCACCACAAAAGAACGCUAGUGGCACAUAAGACAGCGCUGCAGAGAAGACCAGUGAAGAUACAGUGGGUAGAGUUGGAGGAGAGCACACUACUUAAGAACUGUUCCUUUUUGUUUAUUUAUCUUUGUAAUAAUUCAGCUGUUAAAUGUGUGCCUUGUACUGUUCCUGACUGUAUUGUGUAUAUAAGGACACAAAGAUGAUUAGUCCUGCAACAACCAGUAUGAACUGUUGCUAUAGGUAUGUUACACAUUUUAACUUAUUCAUUGAUUGGCCUUUUUUAUAGUGCACCACAUUAAGGGGUUAAGGUGGCACAUGCCUUAUGUCACAUUCUGCCAUAUCAGUGAUGCUUUUCUCUAUUACACUGCUGAUAUAAGUUUUAGCGUUAAUUCAACCUGUCAGCUAAUAAGAGAAGGUCUAUCAGAUGUGGCAGACUAGAACAAAUGAGUAGUGUCCUCAUCACUUGUGCUGCCUUGUAGAAAAAGGGUACUUCCCCAGCUUCAGAGGCAUUGCCUCGACCUGAGAAUCAUAAGAGACAUCUGUCGUAUUGCACAUUUGAGUACUUGAGCUGCAAGUCGCAGCCAUGUGAACGUUGCACAUCAGAAAAUAUUCUUCCAGGCCUUCUUCCAGGCCUCCACCUUUUCUCCUGAUGUGAGUGAAGCUGAAGUGCUAAGGACUGUUACUGUACCUGCAGUAAUCUAAAUGUUUGCCUAUGCUUAACAAAGCCUUCUGCAGGAGACAGAGCGGUGAUAGAUGGUCAGGCCUUUUUAAUAUGUGCAAAACACUCCAAGACGAGCUUCUCAGUCAAAUGUUCUUACUCUGUAUCUUUGGUUUGUGUACUGAAGAGUAGCUGCUCUCCUCACCCCUGGGCAAUAGCCAAUCCCAGACAUAGCUCUACAUCACAAGAGCGACAGAACAUUUCAGUAACUGUGCACAACAGAUUCUUUACAUUAUAUAUUUAUGUUUGUUACAAAUUCCACAGAGGCUGACACCUGCUGCUCAUGUAGUCUGUCAUUUACCUAACCUGGACACGCAGUAAGGCACGCAGGACAGUCUCCUUUCAGUAGGCUGUCAAGUUUUUAUACAAAUCACCUUAGAAAUUAGGUGUGGCAAUAAAACCACAGCUAGCUAAAGCACAGAAUGUUUGUCUGAAGUGACAUAUCACUCCACAGGAAGAGAUGUCUAGUGCAAAUUCUGUUGAAUCUUGAAGGUAACAUUUUAUUGGAUCACUUUGAUGCCCUUAAUAUGAUUUUUUUUGGGGGGGAUGUGGGGAUAUUUUGGUACAUUUCAUCUAUACACAUAUCAGGUGUGUUAACUUGAAUCAAAUCAGCCCUUUGGAGAAUGAAACCCA